AUGAACCCUUUAAAAUGUGCAUUUGGGGUAGCAUCAGGAAAAUUUCUCGGGUUUAUCCUUAGACAUCGAGGAAUUGAAAUUGACCCUGCAAAAAUAAAAGCGAUUUUGGAAAUGCCUCCCCCACGUAACUUACGUCAAUUACGUGGCCUACAAGGAAGACUUGCAUAUAUUCGAAGAUUCAUUUCAAAUCUUUCCGGCAGAUGUCAACCUUUUUCAAGAUUGAUGCAGAAAACUGUCCCAUUCAUAUGGGAUGAGGCAUGCCAAAAUGCUUUUGAAAUGUCAAAAGCUGAUCCCUUAAGAUAUAUCUUAUCAAAGCCCGUAUUGUCUGGACGACUGGCUAAAUGGUCCAUGAUUUUAUCAGAAUUUGAAAUUAAUGUUGUCCCGCAAAAAGCAAUAAAAGGACAAGCGUUGGCUGAUUUUCUGGAAGCACACCCAAUUCCGGACAAUAUGGAGUUGCGAGAAGAUCUUCCAGACGAAGAAGCUUUCACAAUCGAGACUUCACCAUGGCAAAUAUUUUUUGAUGGGGCAGCAAGAAACAGUGGGGCAGGUGCAGGCGUUGUCUUUGUGACGUCGUCGGGAGGCCUGAUACUUUACUCUCUUCAUAUUCUAACUAUAUGCACCCAUAAUGUAGCUGAAUACGAAGCAUUAAUUAUCGGCCUCAAAAUUGCACUCGAAAUAAAAAUACAGUCAUUGGAAGUAUUUGGUGAUUCGCUUUUGGUUAUUAAACAAAUGAGUGGCGAAUUUGCAGUCAGGCAUGAGAAUUUAAUCCCUUACCAUGAAAAGGCUAAAUACUUGCUUGCUCAAUUUCAAGAGAUCACCCUAAAUCAUAUCCCUAGAUCAAAAAAUGGUAAAUCUGAUGCUCUAGCUAACUUAGCUGCAUCGUUGACACUUCCUGAAGAAAGGGAUAUCCAAAUUACAAUAGGAGAAUGCCAUGUGCUACCUCAAUCCAUGGGAAGAAUUAAAGAGGAAAAUACAGUUAACUUGAUAGAUUUUUUGGACAAUUCAAACGAAACUGACUGGCGCCAACCAAUCAAAGACUACAUCCAAAAGGGAGUCUUGCCAGAAGACUUGAAAAAAAGAAUGGAUGUAAGAAGAAGAGCGCCUCAAUUUGUGAUCUUUAAUGGCACAUUAUACAAACUCUUAUUUGAUGGGAUAUUGUUGAGAUGUCUCUCAAAAGAAGAGACGAUACAGGCACUUCAAGAAACUCAUGCUGGUACAUGUGGCGCUCAUCAAGCUGGCCCAAAACUGUCAGCUCAAUUAAAGCAGUUGGGUUAUUAUUAG